ACAUAAUCCAUCAAGCCGACUCUUUAGCAAAAUACACACUGCUUACUUCUACCCAGACCUUCAACUCAACAUGACGAAGAAGGGUUAUAUUUUGAAGUUCUGCGUCAGCGGAAGUAGCCGGUUCUUUCCUUCCACAAGCCCGAUCGGAGUAGCCGUCGCCUGUCUGAUCAAUCAUGAAGGGGGGGGCAUCUAAAACCUACGCAGAGCCCAUGAACAUUACAGAUAAUCCGGCCAACAGUUAUAGGGCCACUUUAUCUGCCAUUAUAUUGGCACUUUAUAAAGUACUUGAGCUCCAUAAAGAGCUCAAGAUACGUUCCCAGUUGAAUGUGUCCAUUGCUACGGACUCGCUAUCCGCUCAGCAUUGCAUGAUACAUUCAAUCAACUGCUAUUCCGCCAACUGCUGGAGGAACAACCGAGGUGAACCUGUUGCAAAUUGGGAUCUUCUAGCAAGAAUCGUCGAGCUAGAAGUUGGUGUCAAGUCUCUUGGACGCCUAACAUACAAUUAUAUCCCAGAGCAGUUCAACACGGUCGCCAGACGCGCUUCCAGCAAGGCGCUAGACGAAUAUUACCUUAAUGCCUCAAGGGUAUCAAUAUCAAGUCUUACCCAGCCGAUAUCGCGGGGAUCAAUGUUCGAGGAGGAGGAGGACUACGACGACGACGAGGAAGACGAGGAAGACGAGGGAGACGAGGGAGAGUGUCACGGUACUGUCCUUAUAAGUGAAGAUGGUAUCAUCAACCCAUUGAGUUAA